ACAAACACCGACUCGUCACUUUUGAAAGCAGUAUAUGGAGGGGGGCGACUUCCACAAGAGCGGCUCGCCAGAGGAUACCGGCGGGCCAAGGCGGGCGCCGGCAUACUACGAGUGCAGUUUCUGCAAGAGGGGGUUCACCAACGCGCAGGCGCUAGGCGGGCACAUGAACAUCCACCGCAAGGACCGCGGUGGCAGUGGAGGCAAGUCUCGUGGGGCUGCGCCGCCGGCUGCCGGCCAGCAAGACGGCGGUGCCGGUGGGAAUCAGGCUCACUUGGGGCUUACCUUGGGAAGGAAUGGGGACAGCAGGGAGGACGUGGACUUGGAGCUCCGGCUUGGCCACUACCCUUACAACUAGCAAGCCGGCUGGCCGGCCGGCCGGCCAUAUAGAUCAUUAAUGUUUGUUAACUGCUUGGAGGAUUAAUUAGCUAUACGGUACUCGCCAGUAGUACUGAUUUGGUAGGUCAUUUCCUACUUUGUUUGCUGUUUUAUUUGAUUUCGAAUUUGGUUAAUUUGUUGUAGUUUGCUACUAGUGAUACGAAUGAAAGUAAUGGAUCAGAGUAUGUGACCAAUAAUCGAGGACGCUGA